UUCCAGAAACCCGUCAGGAAGGAGAAAAACAAAACAAACCCGAGAGAGCUGUUAAACCGUGUGGACUCCAUUGGAAAGGGAAAUAUUUUUAAAAUUAUCGGCUUAACUCAAACACGGAAGUCUAGCAACGAGCGAGACCUAUGCAUGGGAGUCUUAAAAACCUGAAGCAUACAGAGAAAUACACCAGAGCACGACAGACAAGACGCUGUCUCCCCUUUCUUCCCAGCCUUGCAGGCUGCGUUCCCCCUGGACUCUGAUCAUCUCCCCUCAGCAGUGUUUUAUUGUGCUGACCGACUCAGACCAGUGGGACUGGACAGGAGACCCAGAGGUUCCCGCCGCUGGAGCUCUAAGCUGUGCCUGGCAAUGCCUCAGCCCAGCGUCAGUGGGAUGGAGCCUCCCUUUGGGGACGCCUUUCAGAACUACUCGUUUGCUGACCAGGCCCUAACCAGCACUGAGCUGCUGGCCACCAGCUCUGACCCAGAUUUCAUGUAUGAGCUGGACACAGACAUGAGCCACCAACAGAGUCCCUGCGGGGACAGCGUCGUGGGGGUCGGAGACGGAGGCAAAGAGGUGGAGGGAGGCGUGGAUCAGCUGAUGGGCCUCGGCGAGUGCGAGACGGUCCACAGCAGCUCAGCGUUCGAACAGUGGGACUCGUACUGGGAAGACCUCACCAGAUACACACGGCUGGCCAGCUGUGACAUCUGGGGAACCAAAGAGGUGGACUUUCUUGGACUGGAUGACUUCUCCAGUCCCUACCAGGAUGAGGAGGUGAUCAGUCGGACCCCGACGCUGGCUCAGCUCAACAGCGAGGACUCUCUGCCCGUCUGUGAGGCUCUCUACCCUCCUGUCGACCUGACGCUUCCUUGCUCCCAGCCCCCAUCCCAGCCGCUCCCCUCUCAAAACAAGAGACUCCAGGGACUGGGCGUCAGCUCGGUGCGGCCGUCUCCGUGCUCCGCAUCCUCUUCCCAAUCCCGGCCUUCCAGAAGCCUUUUCGCAGACUUUCCUGAAAGCUCCCAAAAAGCAACCCGACCUGUUGCUUCCAGCACCGAGACCAUGGCUAAAACCCAGAACCAGCUCGGUCUCGCCCAGGACCACGCCCAGGCUCAACCCAAGCCUCCGGGUCGAGGGGCCAAGAUGGCCGCUCCGACGUCUCACAGCGCCGACUUUGUUCGGAAAGCUAAAGUUCGCGUCAGUUCUGGACCCAGACCCCAAGGCGAGGCGAUGCCCCAGACGGAUUUUGAGAGGUCCGAUCCGCCGCUGCCUCUCUCCCAGCCUCAAGACGAGAAGCCCUCCACUUCAGCAAGUGCCAUCUCAGUGGGCCAUGCCACCCCGCAACCCAGCGGCUCGGCCAGCCUGGAGGGCUUUGAGUUGAAGGCGGAGGGGGUGGCGCGGCGGGAGGGGCCCGUCGGCAGGUCCGCUGCUGUUCCCCAGCUGGUAGAGGCGAAGCAGACCGUGUGCAGCACGUCCGACGCCGUGGCAGGAGCGUGCAGCGCAGGCGGCGGCGGGGUUUUGGUUGAAGAUCCGGAGCAGAGCAAGGAGGAAGAACACAACUACUCUCUGUUCCUGACCCGCAGCCGAGCUCUGAUGCAGCUGGAGGAAGACGACGAGGAGGAAGACGACGAGGAGCCAGAGGAGGACGAGGGCGACGGGCUGGACUUGGACGAUGAAGACCACGAUGAAGGUUUCGGCAGUGAGCAUGAGCUCUCCGAGAAUGAGGAGGAAGAGGAAGAGGAGGAGGAUGAAGACUACGAAGCAGACAAGGAUGACGACAUGAGCGACGCCUUCUCUGAGCCAGGCUGUGACAUGGAGCUGAUGGACGACAUUAAAGGCCUGACAGCUGGAGUCUCCAGCCGGAAAAGAGGGAAGCGCCGCUACUUCUGGGAGUACAGUGAGCAGCUCACCCCCUCCAAGCAGGAGCGGAUGCUGAAGCCCUCUGAGUGGGACAGACACACGCUGCCGAGCAACAUGUACCAGAAGAACGGGCCUCUCCAUGGAAAAUACAUGCUAAAGAAAUCGCGGCGCACAGACGUGGAAGACCUGACUCCCAAUCCUCGCAAGCUGCUGCAGAUCGGCACAGAGCUCCGCAAGCUGAACAAGGUGAUCAGCGACCUCACUCCUGUCAGCGAGCUGCCGCUGACCGCACGGCCGCGCUCUCGCAAGGAGAAGAACAAGCUGGCGUCCAGGGCUUGCCGUUUAAAAAAGAAAGCUCAAUAUGAAGCAAACAAAGUGAAGCUUUGGGGACUCAGUACAGAAUAUGAUCGGCUUCUGUUUGUGAUCAACGCCAUCAAGGAGGAGAUAAUGCUGCGAGUGGAGGACUCGUCUCCGCGCCCAACCAACAUGACUGAGACUCUGGAGCGGCUCAUCGAGGAAACGCUUGUGCCAUCGCCGGUUGCUGGGCAGACUUCGGACUUUGUCAACAAGAUCUUGGAGAACACGGGACGCGGUGACCCGACGGGAGGACUGGUCGGCCUGCGAGUCCCGACUUCCAAAAUGUAGACAAACCCUCCGUCCACCGAGAAGAGUGGACUCCAUAUUACCACCGUGCUGUCCGUUGUAACUAUCCUCCCUCUGCAUGCCCCUCCAGCUCAGAGUAAACACUCAUCGCCAGUCACUCAAACACACACACCACCUCCCCGUACGUGUGCUUGUCUUUGCCGUGCAGCUGUAAGGCACGAACCCCGGCUUUUCCGUCUCUGCACGCCGCGCGCAGCGUCAGUACAUCACUGUCUCCCCAACCAUGGUGGCCGGCUGUUGGGAGAAGCACGUUGAAAAGCAAGUGAUGGUUUGGUGUGUCUGGAGCAGCAUGUUCUUAAAUCCACUGGUGAUUGUUAGAUGAGUGUGCCGUCGCCUGCUGCAGGCUUUAGGGACUGAGACUGGAGCUCAAACGAGCAUAACCACUGGAAGACUUUGUUUGAGGUGGUCAUAAAGACAGAGGAAAUCUUGUUACAUGCCAGAAACAAUCACAGAUUGAUGAAGCAUAAGUUAUCAUUUAUACAAGGAGCUUUAUCCCAAAAAGCAAAAAAAAAAAAAAAAAGAGAGAAAAAAAACAACAAGAAAAGAAGUUCCAGGAUGUUAAAUUGACCCCUUCACUGAAGCACUUUUACAAAAAUGGCUCUGGUAGCCCAGAAAGCUGCAGAGGAGAAAAAAGCAGGGUGGCAGGAAAUAUUUAGUACUGAAGGCCUAAAUAAAUUCCCGCCAUCCCCUGUUUGCCAAUCAACUCAACUGCUUGCAAAAACAGGCUUAGCCUAUUAGCGCAAGAUAUGAAACAAAAAAAAAAUGCAGUGGAAGAUUCAAGCGAUCACACAUCCUGCUGGUUCGACGUGUAACCUUAAUCAACAGGAAGUGGUUCACAACCUGAAUUGGAAAUGCAUGUAGCAUGGUGCUUUUUGGGGCUUUCUGGUGGUUAUAACUGGACUGGGAAACGAUGAUGAGGAUGGUGAUAAAGAUGACAUGAACAGCAAUCCAUCUCCUCCAGGAAACUGUAUAUAGAAGUGUCUCCCAGGCAUCAGCUCCUCCCUUUUUUGUACAGUAAAGUUGACCAGGCAGCGUGGUGGUGACAGUUUGAUGUGUUCAUACUAGUGUUUGAUCAGAGUUCUAUUCAUUGUGCCUUGUAUAUGUAUGUGUGUGUCUCUUUAAGUCUGAAUGAGUGUGUGUUAGAGACGGACUCGAGCUCCAGCUUUGGAGAGAAGGUUGUUAGGGAACGAGAGGAUGGACACAAGUUGUUUAAAGAUAUUCUGAAUGUACAUAAACAAAUGGAAGCUCUUGUUGCGUGAUGCCACAGAGUCUGUGUAUAUAGGAGGGCUCUGCAAUAGAUUCCUUUCGGUUUUUGGUACUCUUGUCUUUAGGGGCCUGGGAGGGGCGGGAUGGGCGGGUUAACAGAUAUUUUUCCUUUAGGGUUACAACAAAUAUUUGCACACUAUAUUUUGAUUGUUUUUUGUACCAAAGACACAUGCAACGAAAAUGGCGACCAGCCAGUUAAAGUAAGGUUUUGCACAGCUUACCUGACGCCGUAUUGAAUGUAAGAAAUGUGGGAGGGUCAGGGAACUUCAUAGAACUGUGAAAUUAGUUUGGGUCCAAUUCUGUACAGAAAAGGAACAUUCAUUUGUGUCCCCUGCAACGUGGGCUUUUUCCUGUAGAUUUCUUUUGUUGCUUAGGAAGCAUUCAUUCCUGAUCUGAUUCCUCCCUGCACAUGCUAAGUGUGUUAAUGGCGCUAGUUAGGAAACAAAAACAAACAAACAAACAAAAAAAAAAACAA